ACACAGCUCGGUUGGGUCUGCGACGAUGCCUACAAACUGGCGGUGGGUCAGUCCUUCUUCUUCAUCGGCUCCGCCCUGGGCAGCAUAUUCUUCGGAUAUCUGGCCGAUCGCAUAGGACGUCUGCCUGCCUGCGUUCUGUCGACCUUGACUGGAGCCUCUGGUGAUUUCUUCACCUCCUUCGUGGGAGAUCUUCCCUGGUUCUCCUUCACCCGCUUUAUUUCCGGUCUCUCUAUGGACACUCAGUAUGUCCUGAUGUACAUUUUGGUCUUCGAGUACUUGAGCCCACAGCACCGCACCUUCGGUCUGAAUAUCAUUUUGGGCGUUUUCUACUCAGUGGGCCUGAUGAUCUCGCCCUGGAUGGCCAUUUGGUUAGGCAGCUGGAGGAGUUACCUAUGGGCGGCCUCUCUUCCAGCCCUGGGAAUGCUGAUCUUCCCAGUUUGCCUCCAUGAAAGCGUCGAGUGGCUGUUAACUAAGGGGAAGUUCGACAAGGCAGUUAGCAAUCUAAAAAGCGUCGCCAAGUUCAACGGACGCCAAGUGGAGGACUCGGUUUUCGAUGAGUUCAUCAAGCACUAUCGCGAGAAGUUAAACAGUUCGGAAAAGAAGUCCAAGGACACAUUUAUGGGCAUGCUGAGGACUCCAAGACUGAGAAAGUUCACACUAAUUCUAUUGAUAAAAUCAGUGAUCAUCACAAUUGCAUUCGACAUCCUGAGUCGUAACGUUGAAGGCGUGGGCAUAUCGCCUUUCAAGCUCUUCUCCUACUCAGGAUUUGUCGUCCUGCCCGGUGGUCUCACCAUUAUCCUGUUCCAAAACAAGAUCGGACGCAAGGGCAUGGCCUGUGCCUCUCUGUUUGUGGGUGCCAUCAUCACGGCUGCCACUGGUUACCUGGUGGGCACUCUGGAUCCUGCGAAUUACUCCGUUCUCCUGGGCUUCAUGGUGUGCCUCGCGAGAUUCGGAGCGGUGGUGGCCUACGAUGCGGAGGCCCAGUACGCGGCUGAAAUUAUUCCAACCAGUGUGCGAGGACGAGGGGUGGCCAACAUCCAUGUGGUGGGCAAUGCCUUCGGGUUCUUCAGCUCGUACAUAAUCUACCUGGGCACUUUCUACAAGCCACUGCCCUCGCUCUUGAUUAGCUUCCUGCUCGUCAUUGGCGGUUGUUUCUGCCUGACUCUUCCGGAGACAUUGCACAAGCAACUUCCACAGACUCUCGAGGAGGGCGAGGUCUUUGCCAAGGGCGAAAAAUGGUAUUACUUUCCCUGCUUUUCACGGAAACUGACAAAAGAAGCCGAAUCUCAGCUGGAGUCAGCCAGCUAAAUUACAAAGUACCUAGUUAUAAUAAAUGUAUUUAAUAUAUAAUAAAACCUAAACCCAUGAAUACAGAAUAAUAACAAAA